CGAAUUUGGUUAUUUUCCUUCUUUCAUUCAGAAUAGAGACAAGAAAAAGAGAAACAAAAGUUUUUAACACUGUUUGAUAUUAAGCGGAAAGGGAUUUUAUCAGCAAAAAAAUUUGCUGUACUAUUUUAAGAGCGUUUAAAGAUAUCUAAACUAUAGUUACAUCAUUAUAAAAAAUGUUGAGUAUCUACGGAAGUAGCGGUUCAGCGAUGCAGGAAUCGAGUUUGCGGAAAUAUUUGGACAUUAUCGUAAAAGACCAAUCCAAGAUGGCGAUCAAGUCGGCUGCCAUUGUUUACGACAACGGAAAUGUUGCCGCGAAGACUAACAAGUUCAAAAUUAAUGGCAAAGAUCUAUUGGGUAUAAAGCGUGCAUUCCAUACACCAGGCACGGAAAAGAUAGAAUACUCCAACGUGACGUAUUGCGUGAAAUCACAAUCAAGUGGACAACUCGUGGCAUUCAACGGAGCAAAUUACGUCAUCAUUAGUAAAACUGACGUCACGUAUAUCAUCGUCACGUGCUGCUCGAGACAGAAAAGCUCUUCAUUGGCUGCUUGGAUCAACGCUGUUGCCAACAAAUUGAAGGAAAGACACUCCUGACAGGGACCAAAAGAACACACAAAAAACAAAUUGAACUAAAAAUAGAUCUGAACAAUCCAUGGUGAUCAUGAUAGUCUGCAAAUGCGGGAUCGUCUGCAGACAGUUUUAUAGAAUCUCGUUGGACGAUGAAAUACAAUCAAACGUUAUUUAAUUGUUGUCAACAGUUUAGACGGGAAAAACAGAGUUGUUCACGUUGCCUUGUAAACGAAGACUACUAUCGAUUGUGAUGAACAUAUACAUUGUAUAUAAAACAAUCCAUUUAUAAUUAGUAAAGAAUUAACAUGAUACAGUCGCCUAAGAAUUAUUCUAUAUUUCAACUUUUGCAAAUUGCAUUUUGACCCGAAAAAAGUUUUAAAUUAAUUCAGAUACUUCCACAUAUUUGAUAGUUUUAAAUAUAUUAUAUCAUAAUUUUAAUUGCCAUGUUAUUACCUACUAAAUUUGUCAUUUUCUUAUUUUGUAUUUAAGAUAUACUUUAUAAAAAUAUUGACUAAUAAACUUGUGCAAUUCUA